AUGCCUCACGCCACCGAAAAUGGCGGCAACAUCGGCGACGACCUCGAUUUCCAGAAUGUUUUGGCGCAGAUAAAUGCGCCGGAUGGCGGCCAGUUUGAUUUUAUGGGACGCGACUUGGAGACUGGCGAAAAGGCGGACGAUGCUAUUGAUUUCGAGGAUUUCGACGAUGAUGAUCUCCCUGAAGAAGAGGGUCCCGGCGCCCCCGCUGUUCAAGUGCUGGAAGUGAAGCAGGAGGAUGAUUUGGAUCCAGGGAAAUUUUUGUCGGGCGAUCUCUUUGGCGAUGACGAGGCUCCCGCUGACCAGGAGGGCCGAGAUGGAGUGGACGAUCUAUUCGGUGAUGGAGUAUUAUCUCCUGUUGCCGAGCAGACAGAGACAACGGAGAAUGCUUUUCUAAAUAAAGAGCAGGCUGUUGCCGGCAUAGACACUAGCACCGCUUUGCCGCAUCUCGAAAAUGUACCGGAUGAAGAUGGCGACAUCGAUCUUUUCGGUGAGGUUCCGGAGGAGCCUCCCUCGCCCACAGAGGAAGACAUGGAUCCGGCAACACUGAAUGCUUGGAGAGAACAACAAGCUCUAUUCGCAAGAUCUGCUGCGGCUGCAGUUCCUGGACCCGAUCACAUACCUGCUCCGCCUGAAAAUGAUGAAGAACUUCUAAAGUCAUUAUGGCCUAAUUUCGACCGAGAUUCGUUCCCGCGAUUUGUUGAGCUUUUCCGUCAUAAGAAAGCUUUUUACCUUGGAAAGCAAGCUGCAAAGCCUCCAAAGGCCGUCCUGCCUACCAAAAUCAAUCUCGAAUUUGGCUUGGAUCAAGAACGGAUCUUCAAAACGGGAGGACAAGGGAAUAAGCGUGCCUUUGAUUUCGAAAGCCAAGGAUUAAUAUCGCUACAACAAGUAGAUGAUUCACCCGUAGAACCCGAAGAUAAUUUCGAUGCUGAGAUCGAUGAAUCGGAGAUUCUCCCUGGAGGUGUCACCAUGCAAGAUCUUCGUAUCUUGUGUACUGACUGGGACGUCAAGACUGAGAUCUUAGACGCGGAUGUCGAGGAAGAAGUUCCAUUAAAAGCGACCCCUGUUCUACCCACCGAUGAAACUGCGUGGUCACUGGAUAUGGAAGAUGUGCAACCAACUAAGAAACGCAGGAUGGGGCGAGAACCACACGAGCUUUUGAAUAUUUCCGACAUUGAGAUACCUUUCCUUGAUGAUCCAGCACGCUUAACUGCGCAGAUUUCCAAGAAGAUUGUUAUUGAUAUGAACGAUGCACGUUUGUUGCUUGAUACCAGACCCGAGGCUAUUCUACAAAAACCGAAGACAUUACCAGGCCACGAACGGGAUGAAAUGGACGUCAAUACCACCAAGCGCAUAAAUCAACGCUAUAAUAUCUCCAACGAUGAUGCUUAUGAUAUGCUCAAAGAAAAUCAUCAAAGCAGGGUCCGAAGCACACUGGGAAAUGCCGCACUCGAGCACAGCAUGCCUGCUUUACGGUUGCAAUGGCCAUAUUAUAAGACAGAGCUUUCAACGACUGAGGCUCGGUCCUUUCACCGUCCAGCCUUGUCCUUCCGGCCAAUGGUCAGUUCCUGGUUCAAGAAUUCUCCUGUUAUUAAACGAAAGCACCAGAAAGGAAAGGACGCCAAGACCCUUUACAAUUCUACCAAAUCUCUGUCCAUGGGAGACAAUGCAACCAUGUUGUUGCUGGAAUACUCAGAAGAAGUCCCAAUGAUGAUGUCUAAUUUCGGCAUGGCAAACCGCCUAGUUAACUACUAUCGUCGAAAGAAUGCCGACGACGCCACUCGCCCAAAAGCCGACAUUGGCGAGACGAAUGUCCUGUUACCCCAAGACAAAAGCCCGUUUUCAAUUUUUGGCCAUAUUGAUCCCGGAGAGACCACCCCUGCUAUCACCAACACAAUGUAUCGCGCUCCCGUUUUCAAUCACCAGCCGAAGUCUACAGAUUUUCUGGUCGUUCGAGGCACCACUCAAUCCAAUGGAUCUGAUUAUUUCAUAAAGAAUCUAGAAAAUGUCUACGUGGUUGGGCAGCAGCUUCCAUCAACUGACAUUCCUGGACCGCAUUCACGAAAAGUCACAACGGUAGCCAAGAACCGCCUGAAAAUGCUCACUUUUCGGCUGAUGAAGAAAGAGGGGAACAUGCAAGUUUCAAUUAAUCAGGUUACUGCACAUUUGCCAGGGUCUUCUGAUAUGCAAAAUCGACAAAAAAUGAAGGAUUUUGUUCAUCACGACAAGGACACCAAAAUGUGGGUCCCGAUUGGGAACAUUCCAGAUUCAGACGUCAUCAGAUCCUGGAUUCAGCCAGAGGAUGUCUGUCUACUAGAAUCUAUGCAAGUUGGGCUUCAGCAUCUUCAUGACACUGGCCAUGCUAACGGUGCUGACGAUGAGGAUGAUGAUGUCGAGGGUGAAAGCUUCGAACAACAAAUGGCACCGUGGCGUGCCACUCGCAACUUCACAAUGGCGUCUCAGGGCAAGGCUAUGUUGAAGUUGCAUGGUGAAGGUGAUCCCACUGGUCGGGGUGAAGGUUUCAGUUUCGUCAAGACCUCGAUGAAAGGUGGAUUCCAAGCUAUUGGAGAGAGCGCACAGGAAAAAAUGGAAAAAAGAGAGCAAAAGGAGACUGGAGGGCAUAGUUACAACGUGGCUAGACAGCAAAGGGCAUAUGAGCAAUCCAUUCGUCAUAUUUGGGAUUCUCAGAAAGCAAGUCUGUCAUCUAGAGUGGAAGCUUCUGACAUAGAUAGCGAUAUGGAUCAAGACGAUGAGGAGGACUUCAACAAGCCCACACCACGAGAAGCUGCGACACCAUCAUUCCGUCGUGAUGAUGAGAGUAUGAGUCAAUUCAGCAGACUGAGCAGCCGAAGCCAACGAGGCAAGGUGUUGAGGAUUACUCGAGAUUUUAUGGACGAGAACGGAAACAUCUAUCAGAAAGAACAGCUAGUCUGGGAUCCACGUGUCAUACGGAAGUAUAUGCAGCUGCGACAUCGUGUCGAAGCUGUCAACACCCAGCUUGCUGAAUUACAGCCGACAGGUGACAAGGAGGUUGAUGCACGCAAUAAGAAACUGUAA